AUGUUUCUUCUUCUCAGCAGCAGAUUGAGCACCAUGGCUCUCGAUGGGUUCAGAGCAGCUGUCUAUCAAGGGAACCUGACAGAAGCGAUUUCUAGUGUGCAGGGGUUUUACUGCCACACCCUCAACAUCGCCAUCACGGGGGAGUCGGGCUCCGGGAAGUCCUCCCUCAUCAACACCAUGCGGGGGCUACGUGCUGGUGAUGAAGGCGCCGCUGAAACCGGGAUGCUAGAUACCAUGACGGAGCCGAUGGCUUAUCCAGAUCUUGUUCUUCCAGGCGUCACGCUCUGGGACCUGCCAGGGGUGGGGACGUCCUAUUUCCCUCUAAACACCUACUGCAAGCAGCUCAAUCUGAGCCGAUACGAGUUCUUCAUCAUCGUAGGCUCCCAGCGCUUCCGCUCUGAACACGCCAGGCUGGUCCGAGAGAUCCAGAGAAUGGGCAAGAGGUUCUACUUUGUGCGCUCCAAAGCCGACAUGGACCUGGACGCUUCCAGGAGGCAGCGUCCCUCCAGCUACAAUGAGGAGAGGAUCCUGCAGCAGAUCAGAGAGGACUGCAGGAGAGGCAUAGCAGCUGAAGGAGUGGGCCCCCCACAGGUUUUUGUUGUGUCCAGCUGGGAACCCAACCGCUAUGAUUUUCCCCUCCUGCGGCAAACUUUGCAGGCGGAGCUGCAGCAGCUGAAGAGACAAGCCUUCCUGUGUACCCUGCCUGAUGUCGCCUCACUCAUCAUCAACCAGAAAAAAGCCACCCUGAAUGGGGAGAUUUGGAAAAUAGCCCUUUUCUCAUUUCUUCUCGCUGCCAUUCCUGUCCCAGGCAUCGCUUUCUUGUGCACCUUCUUCAUCUUCAGGAAACACCUGUUCCGAUACUACAGCAGCUUCGGCGUGGACGACAGGUCCCUCUCUGCUCUUGCCCGUCAAGUUGGGAAGCCCGUGGGGGAGCUGACGGCCAUGAUGACAUCCUCGGGAACGACCGCCAUGAUGGCUCUGAAGCUGUUGUUGGAUUUGGUGGGGACCACCCUAAUGGUAGCGGAAUAUUCGUGGAAGCGCUUCCCUCUAUUUGGUGCCAUGGUGUCUGGAGGGGUGUCACUGGUUACCACGUCCUUCAUGCUGCAGAAGUGUUUGGCCUCAGUAGCUGACGACACCCAGCGGGUUCUGAGCAAAGCUCUGGAGGCAGAAGGGGAAAACACCAUGUAG